UAGUUAAGGGAAGAGUAAAUAAAUACUUUAUGUGGCCAAAUUUUGUAUAAAGUUUCAGUAAUAGUUGAUGUUAAUUUUUGUUAUUUCACAAAAAAAAAAUGAACAAACAGAACCCCGCUUGAGAGCCGGGAGCGAGAACGAAACCCCUUAAUUGACUUAUAAACAGAUACCAAGAUUAAUUAAAGAAAAACAAUAUAUGGGAAAUCUAGAAUUUCCGUAGAUCCCGGGCGAUCAUGGAUUAAUAUGGUUAUGGAAUAAUUGAUGAACUUAACCUUCUACGAUGCUAAUAUUAGGCUGCGAAUUACGAGGCUAACAUUAAAAAUGAAACACGCAAUACCGAAGACGGACAAAGAAUAUCCAAACUAACAGAUAAUGCAAUUUAUUUAUUUUUUAAACCCAAUAUAUUCUUUAAUGUAUUGGGUUAACUUCACUAGAAAGUAGAAUAGAGAGAAUUGAUACUGUCAAUUUCUACCUAGUCGGUGUUGCAACUAUUCUCCUAUUAGACUCGAUGAUGAAUCCUGUACAUUGAGAGUCUUUUCUUUUUCUAAUUCUUUUUUUUUUUUUAUUUUUUAAACUUGUACGAUGGUGUCUAAGUAUAUCCUUUGGAACCAAAUAACUAGUUGUAUACAAUUGUAAUACAAUUAUUAAUUUCCAACUUAUUCCAAGAUGGACAAAAUACGAAACAAGGUUGUUAGGCCCUCGAUCUAUGACGAGGAAUCUGGGUCAGAAAACGAAUACACUUACAAUAAACCAGAAGAAAGUGAUGAUGAGCUUGCAACAAUUUCAUUCGGAUCAUUAAGUUCAGCUCAAAAGAAGUUACAAGAUGAAGAGAGAACUAAAAAGAAUGAAAAGAGAGAGAAGAAGGCAGAAUUAAAGAACAGUAGGGCUAUACAGAAAAAGUCUAAGCCAUCUAAAUAUGAACAACAUCCUACUUCCGAUAGUGAAAGUGAAGGAUUCUUUGAUGAUGAGGCACCAAGGGCAUCAUCUUCAGCUAGACCAGGACGUUCAAAUAGGGACAAGGGUAAAAAGAAUAAGCAUGCACCAUCUGAAUCUAGCUCCAAGAGACCAGUUUCUAAAGUGAGAGAAAUUGAAGGACUUGGUACUAAAUAUAAAGACAAUAGUUUAUACCGAGACAUUAGAUUUGAUGCAGCAUACGGUAAGGCAGACUUAGCACAAAUUAGAAAGAAUUAUGCAUUCCUUGAUGGAUAUAGAGAACAAGAAAUUUCCCAAAUGAAACUGAUGUUGAAAGAUAAAAAGGCAUCUAGUUUAUUAUCACAUCAUGAAAGAGAAGACAUAGAAUUUAGAGUACAAUCUUUAAAAUCUCGUUUGGAUACAAUGAAGAAUAGAGAUUUAGAAAGUAAGAUUCUUGCCGACCAUAAACAUGAACAACUUCGUAAAUUCAAGGAUGGUUCUCAAACCAACCCAUACUUCUUGAAGAAGAGUGACAAGAGAAAAUUGAUUCAAAAGGCAAAGUUCGAUACCAUGAAGUCAUCUCAAAGAGAAAAGGUUAUGGAAAGAAAGAGAAAGAGAAGAUUAGGAAAGGAAUUCAGAGAAUUGGAAUUCAAUCAACAUCGGAAAUAGGUAAUAUUAU